CUUUGUCAGCAGUCAUGUAUCUGCUUACACUCUUUCUAGUGGCAAAAGUGUUUAGAGAGGCAGGUGUUGCACUGGUUGCUAGCUAGCCUGGCUGAUGGAUGGUCACUCAUGUGCAUAAACGUGCAUGUGAAGUGGCUGGGCAUCCAACCAAAUAUAUAGCUGCCGGCUGCCGCUGCUGGCAGGUUCUUCGUGUUGUAGCUUGGAGUUGAGAGACUGGGAGAUGACCAUGGUGAGGACGACGACGGUGGUCGGCAGGGAGAGGAGCGGGGGCGUGAGGCAGUACAACAGGUCCAAGGUGCCUCGCCUGAGAUGGACGCCCGAUCUGCACCACUGCUUCGUCCACGCCAUCCACAAGCUCGGAGGCCAGGACAAGGCUACGCCGAAGCGAGUUCUGCAGCUGAUGGGAGUGGGAGGACUCACCAUAUCUCAUGUCAAAAGCCACCUGCAGAUGUACAGGAACAUGAGAAAUGAUCUUGGAAUGCAAGGGACGAUGCAGGUGCACCGGAUGCAGGAUCAGGAGCACGUAUACGGAGGCGGCAUGCAUAUGGAACUCUGCACCAAUAUACUCGUACAGCAGCAGCCGCAGCAGCAGUGCGAUCAUGAGUGCGAUGCUCCCUGCUGCAUCUGCUGCCACUCGCCAAAGCCUGGAAAGGAGGCGACGCUGUUCCAACGCCAACUGAAAAGGGCGGAGACGAGGCGUGAGCGAGAGGAGAUCGAUGGGAGCGCGAGCCCCAAGAGGGUGGUGCUGCUGCGAGGAGGCCCAGGCCCAGGAAUAUGUGAGAGCGACGGGUCACCGUGCUGCGCGCUCGCAGCAGCAGGUGGCUACAACUACAUGCGCAUGAUGCAAGCGGCCAUGGGCGUGGCUGCCGCUGCCGGCGCUCCUCCUCCUCCUCCUCCACCUCGUCAUGCGGAGACGAUGGUGGAGCCCGGCGGCCGGGGGCCAGGAAUAAAGCAGACGCAGCUGCAGUUGGCGCGGCCCGGCGCAGACGGAGACGGCGGCGACGAACACGCUCCUCCUCCUCCUCCUCCUCCCAGCAACAGCAAGCAGCGCUUCACAUUCUUGGGCUUCGUGGUGGCGCCGGGGCCGCCUCCUCCUCCUCCUCCUCCUCCUCCCUGCUGCAGCAGCCGUGACCGUGACCACCCUUUCGAGAUGGUCGGCACGGCUCUCACCCAUCAUCGCAGCUCCGCGGAGGCAGCACGCCGCCUCCCACGCGGCCUCGAGACACCGCCGAGCAAGGCCGCCGUGGCCCAACAAGUCGGCGAUCCCUGUUCGUCGUCGGCGGGUUCCGAAGAGGACGACGACGGCUGCUCCCUCUCGCUGUCCCUAGCGCUGGACACGAGAAGCAGCCGCGACGGCGACGAGGGCGGCCGGCUCUCGCCGACGGCGACGGCGUCAUCGAGGAGCCGGAUCAGCCUCGACCUGUCCUUGUCCACGCUAUAGACCCGUCAAGUUAACUGUAUGCGUGUGCGUGCGUGCGUGCGUACACGACCCAUGCAUGUUGGUAUGAUGCGAGUUGGUGAGUGGAAUAGCUUAUCAUUGGGCCUUGCGGGCUGGGCUACCUUCUUGGUGUAGCGUUUCCUACAAUUUUCGCCUCGUGUUGUUGUUGCAGCUCUUGGGCCAUUUAGCCCAUGUGUAAUAUCAGUCAUUUUUCCACUAGGAAGAGCCAGAUGGUCUAUCUUGAUUUGCAACAAA